AUGGCGUCCAAGGCUGACGCUCUCAAGCGUAUUCGCGCUCUUCGUGCGGCGGGCAAGACGGCCUUUGACGAUUACAAGGUCGAGGAAGCAGAAUCCAUAUACGAAACAGUCGACGACGAGGGAUACAAGAAAGUUGUGCGAAGCCGUUUGGAACAGGAUGACUUCGUGGUGGAUGACAAUGGCGAAGGAUACGCCGACGACGGCCGCGAAGACUGGCAAGAUGAACGACAGCCAAUGUACGACAGCGAGAGCGAGGAUGACCGUCCGAAGAACAGCAAGGCUGCCAAACGAAAACGCGAAGAGGACGCCGAUCGAAUCGAGAGGCAGAACAAGGGCAUCAACAAAUACUUCAAUCAGAAGCCCACGAACGCGCCGAAACCGAAGCCCGUGCGAACAGCCGAGGAUGACGACUUUAUGAACAAUCUGCUUGGUGAUGUGGACACGAACAUUCAGACCCGAGCGCCCUCAUACGGAAAGCCCGUUAAGAGCAAUGACCGACGGAAGACGAGAGUCCUAUCUCCUCCCCUCGAGGACAUUGAACGCGCUGCACAACGAUCCAGGAGAACUGAGAACGAACCACCGCUCCCAUCUGCUCCGAUCGAGGACGGCGACACAUACAUGACGCAGAACGAUGAUGAUGACAUGAUCAUGAGUGACCCCAUGCCGUCCUCUCCUGCUGUGAAGGCCGUCGAGCGGAAAGAGCAUGCCACGAUCAAGGCCGAGGAGGAAGAAGAGGAGGAUCUCAUGGAGAUUGCAGAGGUUACAGGAAAUGCCAAGUUGAAGACCGCGGUCAACAUCAAGGGCAGCCGUCCUGCACCGAAGCUUUCGAAACCAGUCGCAAAGCCAGCCUACCCGACUCCAAACAGCUCUUCACCGACGCGAGGACCAGCCGAUGAAGUUGACAUGACUGCGAUCAACAGGGUCACUGAUCAAUUGAACAUUAUGAGCAGCCCAGCUGCAGAGACAGCCAAGAUCGGCAAACUGGACAGCCAGGACGCUAUCGAGGAUGACGGCUCUCUUCGUUUCUUCUGGACUGACUACACUGAAGUCAACGGUAGUCUCUGCCUGUUUGGCAAAGUCAAGAACCGAAAAGAUGGAAGCUUUGUGUCUGCUUUCGUCAAAGUCGACAACAUCCUUCGCAAGCUCUACUUCCUCCCACGCGAGAAUCGCUACCGCCGCGGAAGGGAGACGGAUGAGGAGAUCGACUUCAAGGAUGUCUACGAAGAGGUCGACAGCAUCAUGUCAAGGCAGAAAGUGACAAUGCACAAGAUCAAGCAGAGUUCCCGCAAGUACGCCUUUGAGCUGCCUGGCAUCCCCAGGGAGGCGGAUUACCUCAAAUUGCUCUAUCCUUACGACAAGCCGGCUUUGUCAAUGGAUCUCACUGGAGAGACCUUUUCCCACGUCUUCGGCACCAACACCAAUCUCUUCGAACAGUUCGUCAUGUGGAAAAACAUCAUGGGCCCUUGUUGGCUCAAGAUCGAGAACGCCGACUUCAACGCUGUCAAUAAUGCAUCGUGGUGCAAGCUGGAGCUACAAGUCGUGUCACCGAGAGACAGCAUCACAACAAUGGGUGACUCGGACAAUCUGGAGGCCCCGCCGAUGACGCUGAUGUCGCUCGCUUUGAGGACGGUGUUCAACCAGAAGGAAAACAAGAACGAGAUCCUCGUAGCCAGUGUCCGCUUCUACGAGAAUGUCUCCCUGUCGGAUACCACACCUGCGGAGAAGAUACCAAGCCGACUGAUAACAAUUAUGCGUCCCAACGGCGACUAUCCUCUAGGCUUCAAAGCCGAGGCCGAGAAAGCGAAUCACAAAAUCCAGAUGGAGCGGAACGAAGCUGGAGUGUUGAGCAUGCUGCUGGCGGUGAUGCAAAAGUACGACCCUGAUGCCAUCAUGGGCCACAGACUUGACGAUGUGGAUUAUAGCAUCCUUCUGAGUCGUAUGCGUGAACGCAGGACUCCUGGCUGGCAUCGGAUUGGAAGACUCAAGCGCAACGACUGGCCUAAGAAUGUCGGCAAGGGAGGCGGUAGCUUUUUCGCCGAGCGACAUCUUGCUGCUGGUCGACUUCUGUGCGAUCUCGGCAACGACAUGGGUAAGAGUAUGAUGUCGAACUGUCAGUCCUGGACACUGGACGAGAUGGUCUCGCUUUACCUCAACGGCAUGCGAAAGGAGAUCGACAAUGAAAAGGCUCUUGCUCUGGCCGAGACGCGAGAAGGCCUGAUGAACUAUGUCAAGAUGUGCGAAGUUGACACCUACUACGUCGCCGCUCUUGCGCUUAAGACACAACUGCUGCCUCUGACCAAAGUCUUGACGAACUUGGCUGGCAACUCCUGGGCUCGAACGUUGAGCGGCACACGUGCCGAGCGGAACGAGUACAUUUUGCUCCACGAGUUCUACCGCAACAAGUACAUUUGUCCUGACAAGGUAUGGGGCAAGGGCGCUACCAACAAAAAGCUGGAGGACAAUGAGAACGUCGAAGGCGAAGAGGGAGCCGAUGCGAAGAAGAAGGACAAGUACAAGGGUGGCCUUGUCUUCGAGCCUGAGAAGGGCCUCUACGACAAAUUCAUCCUGGUCAUGGACUUCAACUCCCUCUAUCCAAGUAUCAUCCAGGAGUACAAUAUCUGCUUCACCACCAUUGAACGCGGACACCUUACGGAGGAAGACGAGAAAGUGCCAGAGGUGCCGGACGACACUGCGAACAAGGGCAUUCUCCCGCGUCUGAUCAAGACCUUGGUCAGCCGAAGACGAGAGGUGAAGAAGUUGAUGAAGGACAAGUCUGCCACCGAAGAUCAACGCAAGACUUGGGACGUCAAGCAGCAAGCUCUGAAGUUGACGGCCAACUCCAUGUACGGAUGUUUGGGAUACACCAAGUCUCGAUUCUACGCUCGACCGCUCGCCGCUCUCACCACUGCCAAAGGACGAGAGAUUCUGCAGUCCACCAAAGAUCUAGCAGAGUCGGCGCAUGCCCUUCGAGUCAUCUAUGGUGAUACCGACUCUGUCAUGAUCAACACAAACGCCGACAAUGUCCUCGAUGCGCUGAAGAUGGGCAAAGAGUUCCAGAAGAGUGUCAACGAGCGGUACGAACUGCUUGAGAUCGAGAUCGACCAUAUCUUCCGUCGACUUCUCCUGCACGCCAAGAAGAAGUACGCCGCCAUGACUAUGGUGCAAAAGGAUGACAAUACGUGGAUUGAGAAGAUGGACGUCAAGGGAUUGGACAUGAGGAGACGAGAGUAUUGCCAGCUUUCCAAAGACACUUCACAAGCACUUCUCGAUUUCCUCCUAUCCGGAGAGGAACCAGAGAAAGUCGUUGCCCAGAUCCACGACUACCUCCGCACGUUGAGUGAGAAGAUGCGUAACAACGAGAUCCCCAAGCACAAGUACACGAUUUACACACAGCUCGGCAAGAACCCAAAGGAUUACCCCAACGGUGGUUCCAUGCCUUCCGUGCAAGUGGCCCUCAAACGUCUCGCAAAGGGCAAGCAAGUCAAGGCGAAAGACGUGAUGGCAUUUGUGAUCUGCGGAAACAGUUCAGGAGUCGCCGAAAACGCUGCAAAGAACGCCCACGAUCUGGAUGAGGUCCUCGCCCGAGACAGUCCGCUCGUUCCGGACGUCGAUUACUACCUCGCCAAACAAAUCCUCCCGCCGGUUGAGCGUCUCUGCGCUCCCAUUGGCGGCACGAACAUCUCCCUUCUCGCUGAGUGUCUCGGCCUCGACACCAGCAAAUACCGUGUCUCGAGCGCUAGCCGUUCGAGCGAGCAGACGAACGAGAUUACCACUCUUGAGAGUCAAAUUCCUGACCACAUCCGCUUCAAAGACUGCGAACCCCUCCACCUCCUCUGUCUCGGCUGCAAGCACCACUUCGAAUUUCGCGGACUCAGCCAGCCUCCUCCUGACCCGUCUGACGAACAGCCUCUCACACCUCUCGCUGCUCUCACCCACGACGGCUUGGCUUGUCCACGUUCGAAUUGCAAAUCUGCAAUCUCCACCCUCACUCUCUCCGCUCAGCUCGAGCACCAAAUCCGAACGCACACUUCCCGCUACUACUCCGCAUGGCUGACUUGCGACGAUGCCGCCUGCGGCGCGCGAACACGACAAAUGAGUGUCUACGGGCACCGUUGCUUAGGUCCAAAGGGUCUUGCAUACGGAUGUUCGGGACGCAUGGCAUUCGAGUACAGCGAGAAGGCGUUGUACAACCAGCUGCUGUACCUGCAAGGACUUUUCGACGUGGACAGGAGUUUGGAGAAGAUGGAGAACGAGAAGAGUUUGGUCAAGGUGGAGGGCGAGACGGAGAAGAGGGAAAAGGUGAAGGUCAUGGCAGGAUUGAACAGGGAGAGAUUCGGUGUGUGUAGGGAUGUGGUCAAGCAGUAUCUGGAGAGAAGUGGAUGGGGCUGGGUCAGCAUGGAUUCGUUGUUCGGGUUUGCUCUCAAGAGGUUGGGGUGA